CUUGUGCAUAGCAGUUCAGUUCAUGGACGUGUUCAAGUCGGUGCGGAGGAUUUUUGAGGAAUGUUCGUUAGAAAAUGAAAAUUACGUCGGAAGAUGUUUAGAUUGGUGAUGGUUCUUUACAGAAACGAGAGCGAUUAGUGAAUAUGCAGAGAGAUAUCUGUGAUGGUAUGUGGCACGUUAGCGAGAAUGGAAAGUGUUUGGAAAAUACUAAAGGAUAGUGAAAGGAAUAUAUAGUUGUUGUGUGUGCGGUGCAUGGCAUAGGAAUGGUAUCUCCGUCCAAAAUCCAACAUCAAGAGCAGAAGCAGCCACCGAGAGAAAAUCAAUUCACCAAACAGUCACAUGUCCGUGUUCGAAAAGAUAAGAAACCGUUAGAAGGAAAAACUUUUUACUUGGACAUAAAAAACCAUGCAACUACAGCCAAAAUAGAAGCAAAAAUUAAAGAUUUGGGUGGAGUGAUAGAAUUAUUUUUAGUACAAAACGUGACUCUGGUAGUUAGUGACAGAGUAAACAAGUCGGGUGACAUUAAAUUUGAGAAAUAUAAAUGGGGUUGUGCCAGCGGAGGCAGCGGGGGACCUCCCUCGCUGAGGAGUGUAGAAACUCCGACUCCCGUGCCAACUCCUCAGACACCAUAUUUUAGUCCUGAUUGUUCUCUUUCUAACUCAACUUCUCUGAGGGGUCAAACUACCCAAAGAUCUAAAUCGCGAGUGGAUGCAAUGUUGGAACGUGCUCUGAUACAGCCACAACAGUGUUCCGUGGAUCCACUUUACAACGCCCAAAAUUGGAGAAUUCCUAUUUGGGCAGUCGAUAAACUACAAGCUUGGCUCGAUAAAAUAUAUUCCUCUGUCAAAGAUACUGAUCAUUUGAAACGAUCGAAGCAAUCUUGUCAACAGAGUUCAACUAGGGACUUAAAGGUCAGACAUCUGAAGGGAUCUUAUAUCAAAUUUGAGGCCUUUCAGAGGAAUACAAGGCCAGUCUUUCUUGAAUUACCUGUGUGGCCAACGUUAAAUUUUUCUGGGCAAUUAGGCUCUUGUCCUUUCAAUACGAAAAGACGAGAAAAGCCAGAGAAAUUACGAGCAGACAUAAAGGAAAAUAGGGAAAGAAUUCAACCGAUCAAAGAAGAGGAGGAUAAAGAGAUGACUCGGCGACCACGAACGACUGGCACUCGUGCUCGCAGAACUGAACAAUUAGCUUCUGGUUAUUGUGAAAUUUGUCGUAUCAGUUACCGGGAUCUUAGCAAACAUGUGCAGAGUGACCAACACCUUAGCUUUGUGCGGAAUAAUGACAAUUUUUUAUCUUUGGAUACUCUGAUCAGCGCAGGAGCCAAUGUUGAAGCAUUUCUAAAACUGAACAGAACAAAAGAUAUAGAAAAAGACUGCAACUUGUUUUCCAAUGGAGAUCGUAAUCUUCAUGACAUAGUACUGCCAGAAGGGAAAGUAAAUAGGAACUCGAAAAGCUUAGGAGAUUUCGAAGUCGAAGACAUAAAAAUGGUGCAGUGCAAUGGCGCGCGCAGGAAUCUCAAUUUAAGAUUAAGUUCACCUCACAAUUUACGCACCCGCGCGAAACACGAAAGUGGACACUUGCUGAGAUCGAAAGGUAGCCCGUGGCACGAGGUUGAGAAAACCGAGAAGUUCUACGAUAAAUUUGAGGGCUAUACCAUAAAGAAACGAGCAAAAGGAACAAUCUGGAUAGAGGAGGAUGAACCAGAGGAUGAUUUGAUACGAGAACAGGUGCUGAAUCAGUCCAAGCAAAACGAGUUUAAGAUCAACACGUUUACAACGGAAUUGGAGAAGAAACGCGACAACGAAAAAGACUGUGGCAACGCCUGCAACAAACAAAAUGACGCUGAUAAUCAGAAUUUGCACAGAACGAUACCAUGCAAUAAUGAACAGAACAACGGUGUAAGUGCAGAGUACCUUAAGGAAGAUCGGGAUUCUGUUCAGUACAGACAUCACGAUCAAACGAACGGUAGUGUAAAAACUAAUUAUAAUGAAAAUACUUUGAGUGUAAAUGAGAACAGUUGUAACAAUUCCUACAGACUAUCUAGAAGCGAAAUCGUCAAAGGGUUGAACGGUAAACUGCCAAUCGAGAAUGUUGCAUCAAGUAUAAAUGUCGAUGCCGAUGUUGUGUAUAACGGUCACGUUAUAAAGGAUGACGUGAAAACGAUCAAAACGUUCAAUGAUACAGGCAAGAACGAUGCGAAAGUAGAGAAACCGAAAUAUUUUAAAUCGGGCAGACGGGGCGGCAGGGGGUGCAGGGGACGACACAGACUGUCCGUCGAGGAACGUUUAAUCGAGGACAAUCGUGCGUAUUAUAAAGUGGAAGUGUUAGGAAGUAAAUUGCGCUCGAGUGUGGUAUCAAACAAUAAUUCACAGUGUACAGUGCAGAAGGAUGCCGAUGACGAGGAGAAGAAGGAAGUGCCAUCCAGCGAGAAACCAGUAGUUGUACGAUUUAAACGCGUAAGAAAAUCCGAGUUAUCCUUGCUCAGUGACGAAGCGGAGUCAUUUAUGUUCGGCGAACCGAGACGGGAUGACUCGAGCGAAGCAAGCGAAGACGAACAAAGCAGCGUGUUGCCAAGAGAAACUGAAAGCGAAUACAACGACACUGUGAGCUCCGUGUGCCCUAGUUCAUCCAUAGAUUAUAGUUUACCCAUCAAAACAGAACCCAUCGAGGAGGAUUCGCAAGACUCGUUGAAUCUCGGGCGAGCUAGGAAAAGGAGACGAACGCAAGCUGAAGCACUCAUCAAAGACAACGAGGACUACUACAAAUUCGAAACACCUGGAAGUAGACUAAGGUAUCAAGCACCUUUGACCGGGAUCAGGGAGGCGUCAUUGGUCGUCGAGGAGACAACAAGACCAGCCAAUGAAGAAAUCAUCGAUAAAGUGCAAGCAGAUGAGCAAGAAAAAGUAUAUCCGUCCAAACCUUCGCCAGAAGUGGAGAAAAUGCAGUUCUCCUUCGAGGCAGUACCAAAAUCUGAGCCGUGGUAUCAAACGUACCAGCGACAGGACGAGGGGGCAGAGUUCUGGCAUUACUUUAGCGAAGGUGACUCCCAAAAGCCAUUUCUUUUACCGUAUGAGAUUGACAAUUUUCACGAGGUCAUAACGAAGAAUCAGAACAGAAGCGAGAGUAGGAGGAAAGGUCGUGGUCGAAGUGCGGGUUGCGUUGGACGAUCGCCGAGGAAAAGUCCCCGGUGUCAUGCGUCUACCUUGGCUAUCAUGUCGACGAUCAUUAGGAAGCGGGAACAACAGCAACAAUUAUCUCCAAAUUUGUAUACGAUAGAGGAGUGUCAGUCCGUCGGCUCGCAAACGGGCACUCCGAGGCCGGAUCAGAAAAUUGAACUGAAGUCUGAUUUGGACGAGGAUCUGAGGGAGAUGGUUAAGACGAUCGACGACAUGCUGAACGCGAACGAUACUAUGGAGCUAGAGAACCCAUUUGAUACUGAUACUACGCAUAUAGAACAAAAUCUAGACGAGCCAAGUAUUCCUAAAGGGCCACCUCCGAACUUACUCGAAUUAUUGGAGAAUUGUCACGAGCUCGCAAAUUGUUUGGAAAACUCCUCAUGCGCCAGCUCGGAGUGCGGCGAGGUGAGCAUCGAGUCGCCUUCGAAACGAAGAAAAAAACGGAAGAAUCGUACCGGUUGGCCCGGCAUCAAGUUGAAGAAGAAACUUCAAACGAAAAACUCGGUCGAUAUCGAUUGCGAUCGAGUGAACUUGUUGCAGAAAAAUGUUGAGCAGAACGAGAUCAUCUGCCACGUGCAGGAUACGACGAACACAAUCAAUAGAUUAGUGGAAGAAGCGAACGUCCGUAUAUCCACUGUUACUGGCAUUUCGCGUGACACCGGUGGGUCGAUGUGCCUUGAUCAUCAUCGUGAAGAUGACGGAUGUUUAUGCGAAGCGUAUACUACGGAUGUUGGUUGCCGGGACGCGCAAUAUGAUGAGCAACACAAGGAUGCUGCGAGUAUGGAGACCUUCGACAAUUCUAUUUUGCUUUUAAACACGGAAAUCUGUACGGAACCGGUGACACCUGCCAGUGCCGGCGGGUGCACCGAGUCCGAGAGGAACUUUCUGUUAAAUAAAGAUUAUGCAUUCAAGAAGGAAUUACCGGACGUCGAGGAGAUAUCGGAAAACGAUCCGAGGAACGACGAAAAUCACAUGUUCGGGAAGGAUGUUAAUCUGCUCGCGGAACGACGAGUGCUUGUUUCGAAAGCGGCCCUGAAGAAGCGUCAACGUGACAACACAUCCGCGGAGACGUGCGGAUCGCACGCAGAGCUCGAGAACCACGAGAAUCUGUGCAGGAAGGAAACCGAGUCCGGUAUGGUGGCCAGGAAUCAUCAUAAUGCAAAUGGAUUGCCGAGAAAACGUAGUCAGCAAAAACUCCAUCCCGAGAAUUCGGACGCCGAACUCGAGCAUCGCAACAAUGUGUACAAAAACAGUAAGGUCAGUAAAACGGCCGGUAGGAAACGGAUUCAUUCGAGAAAGCGGGCGAGGAGAAAUAACAUGUCUUCCGACACCGUGUACGAAGAAAAUGAGAAUUGUAAGGAGGAAGCAUAUCUGAACAUUACGUGCAAGAAGCAACAAAGUCUGAGAGGUGUGAAGCGGCGAGCUGAACACGCUGUGUCGUCAGAGGCGACUCAGAACUCUGAAAUAGACUGCGCGUUAUCGGGCCGCGUCAGUCCAACGAUCAUGGCGACCUCAGAACUUGAGCAAAGGCGAUCAAGUAUUGAAUACCAACCGGUUGUUCGAAUGAUGAAGAUCGACGAUCAAGUAGAUAUGGACCACAGUAUUCUUUCGGUAACGAUCGCGAGCAACAGACGGUUAAGAAGUUCCAGUUCGCCGCGGUCGAACGUUCAGCCGCCGAAAAAACGUUUAAAGACCGGUCGUGGUCAAUUUGGUCGGUGGUUGAAGAGUAGCUGAAAUAAUCCUCGACGAAAGAGGUUGUGUUGUAUAGUUUAAAUUUCGAAACCGGGAUACAACAACACACAUUUUCCACGGGAUCUCGCUGGUUGAAAUUUACUCUGUACAUUGUGAGUCGUUCAACGUGACGAUUUCAAAUUACUUUUCAAUCAUUUUUAGUUAGUAAUUUGAAGUUGUCGGGGUAGAUGACUUCUCCUGUAUGUUCAGCGACUGUACAUUAUGUAUAAAACAUUAUUUGUGUACGUAGAGAAUAGUAUUUAACGCUAUUGGCACCCAUCGAUAGGAUUUUAUUAAUAUUCUUCAUAGUGUCUUUUCUGAUACUGGUUCAAACGAGAGCCCCUGUACAUUCUUCAAAUAUAUGCAGUCUUUGCGUUCUCGAACGAAGCGUUCGUCGUUCGUAUGUAUUCACUGUGUUUGUAAAAGACUUGUCAUCAUUUUGCUUUUGCACGGUACAACGCGCGCGAGGUAUCUUACGUGUAAAAAAAAAAUGAUUUUUUUUUUUGGUCGCAAAAGCAAUUCUAUGAAAUUACGCAAGGCUGCAUACAAAGCUUUAUCGUAGUGUACUGACCAUGUUCUGUUACAAAACGCAUCAUUGUAUGUAACAUUAAUUAUUAAAUUCCCUCACGGAGGGCCCACCUAAAUAUUUUAUUUCGAAGAAAAAUAAUGUAAGCCUUUCAUGAUUACAAAAAAAGAGAUGACUAUUAAAGAUAUGAAUUUUCCAUUAAAACUUAAAA